CAUAAAACGUCUGACAUGGGUUCAUGUCCCUUCGGUUGGCACUUCCCACCUAGCCACCCUUUUCUUCGUUUCCUUCGUUUCCGUUGCUUCGUCUCUUGCCAUGGACUACGACAGAAAAUCGACUGUAUCCUCGUUCUAUGGAGGACGCAGAGGCUCAUUUGAUGCCCUGAAUCAUUCACAAUCUCCCGAUUACGCUCCAUCUGGUCGUCCACGAGACGAUACUUCUUCUUUCUAUGCUGAUCGACAAACACGGACGAGCCAUGAUAUGUUAACGGGUGGACAAUCCGCAGGGUAUAACGCAUCAUCUUUUUUUGCCGCCGGACGCCUAGAACCGCUGAAAGGCGGACGUGAUGAGGAAGAAGAAGCUCCGGAAGCUCAGACCUGGGAUGUUUAUGCAGACUUUAACAACGCCGGCCCAAGAUACAGCACUGCUUUCGGCAUUGGGCAACAUCAAGAAGCAGGCUAUCACCAGAUCCCCCCACCUCCGCCUCCGCCUGGUGCCAAGACAGACGGUGAUGCCGACAGUGCGCACACUCCGGUGGAGCUGGUUACAGUACCUGCACUCGGUCCAGAAUGGCAGCUAUCUGAGAUGAAAAACAUGACUAAAUCGGGUCGACGAGAAAUUAAGAGUGAGAAGCGGAAAGAGAAGUGGAAAGCCUGGCAUCGUGGGGAGACGGGUUUGUGUGGAAAGUGGUUCACUAAAAGGUUCCUUGCCUUCUUCAUAUUUAUGUGGGCCGCCAUCAUUGGCUCUAUCCUCGCAAUCACCAUCCCUCGAGUCCCUGGUCUGUCGAUCAACAACUCCACACCUCUAGUUGCCGCCACUGGGAGUUAUAAUGCUUCUAUUCCAACUCAAUUCUCCCGGUACCCAGCCAAUUUCUCAUUUCCAGCGUACGCAGAUAUUCAAGUUGAUACCACCGCCAAUAUUAUUCCCCUUACCUUCAACCACAUCUCUGCACAAGUAUGGGAUCCGACCACGAAUCUGCAAGUCGGCACGGGUUACUUUGGAAAAGAUACACUUCCCGCCAAGGCAUAUCCCAAGAUCCAGAUCCCGCUCAACUUCUCGUAUGUUGCAUCAAAUGACACAGAUCCUACGUGGAAUGAGUGGUAUAAUGCCUGCAAGAAUGCUGGGAUUUAUGCUAACGGGACAAGGCCAGGCGUAAAUUUCCAGCUCAUUCUUACGAUGGAUAUUGCCGGGCUGCCGUCAACGCAGUCCCAAUCCACACAGGUGGAUGCAGCCCCUUGCCCUAUUGAGCUGCCCAUCAAUGCAGACUGAUGGCUAUCUACUGGACUCAUUUGCGUGUCGCCGCUUGUCUACCUGCUUAUUCUGGUUCUCCUGUGUCAUGGGACGUUGCACUAUCUCCGCUAUUACAUAGUCUUGAAUAUCGGACAAGAUGACAAUCCGUCGUUAUUUCACGGUCUGCGCAUUCGCCUUACCAUAGUCUGUCUUUAUUUUGUCUUUUCAUUUUAGUAUUCGUGGCGUUACUCACCAUCACGAUGUGCAAACAGAUAGUAUUGGAUUAUAAUUAAUGCUGGCAUCGAUCAAUGAUUCUGGUUCUA